GACAGGCAGGCGGCCGCCCUGCCUCAAAACCCUCCAGCGCCUCGCAUCCUUCAGCUCGCUCCUCCGCAGAGCAGCUCUCCGGGCCGCGGCUGCAGCGUCCGGGGCCCCUUCACCUUCCUGGCCUCGCCGCUUCUCCAGGAUCCGUCUGUCAAACCGCUUGCUCUUCGGCCAGGAUUGCUCUGCGCUCGGCACAGCUCCGGUGCAGCCUGGCUUUGCCCUAGUGACUCCUCGGGGUGCCGGGAGCUUCGCAGGGCCGGUCUGAAGCUCACCUCUGUCCCCGCUCUUUUGUAAAUAGGAAGCGCGUUGCGGAGCGAUGCAGCCUGGAGCCCGCGGCGCACCGGCGCUUGCUCUCCUCGCGGCUUGCUGAAGGCGCUUUGGAAGAGGUGGCUGCAGCACCGUCCCUCCUGGGCAGGGAAAGAGGGAGCAGCGCCCCCCCCCCCCGCAGCUGCCGAGCGCUGCGGCCUGAAGACGCCCCCCGAGUGGAAGUUGAAUUAUUUUGCACCCGGCCUCCCUCCUGCUCGGGUUUUCCAGCUGUCCAGUCGCAGGAUGGGGAGACGGCGCGGGCUUUGCCCGCAGCUUUAUUGCUUGUGGCUGGGCUGUGUCGCGCUGUGGGCGCAGGGAGCAGCCGGGCAGCAAAAGCAACAGCAGGUCCGGCCCGCAGGGGGAACAGACGCCAUCUACCCAGCCUCGGAGAAUCGGGAGGACGGAGCAGGGGCCGCCACCAGCCGGGUCCGCAGGAGAGGCCAGCAGGAUGUGCUUAGGGGGCCAAACGUGUGUGGCUCUAGAUUCCACUCCUACUGUUGUCCUGGAUGGAAAACGCUCCCUGGAGGAAAUCAGUGUAUUGUUCCAAUUUGUAGAAAUAGUUGUGGUGAUGGAUUUUGUUCCCGUCCUAAUAUGUGCACUUGCUCCAGUGGACAAAUAUCACCUACCUGUGGAUCAAAAUCUAUACAACAGUGCAGUAUCAGAUGCAUGAAUGGUGGUACUUGUGCAGACGACCAGUGCCAAUGCCAGAAGGGGUAUAUUGGAACUUACUGUGGACAACCUGUCUGUGAAAAUGGUUGCCAGAAUGGAGGACGUUGUAUUGGACCCAACCGCUGUGCAUGCGUAUAUGGAUUUACUGGCCCUCAGUGCGAAAGAGAUUAUAGAACAGGCCCCUGUUUCACUCAGGUCAACAACCAGAUGUGUCAGGGCCAGCUGACUGGCAUUGUUUGCACGAAGACUCUUUGUUGUGCAACCAUCGGACGUGCCUGGGGCCAUCCUUGUGAGAUGUGUCCUGCCCAGCCUCAGCCAUGUCGUCGUGGCUUCAUUCCUAACAUCCGCAAUGGAGCAUGUCAAGAUGUUGAUGAGUGCCAGGCUAUACCAGGGGUCUGUUCAGGAGGAAACUGCAUUAAUACAGUUGGCUCUUAUGAAUGCAAGUGUCCUGCUGGUCACAGACAGAAUGAGGCAACUCAGAAAUGUGAAGAUAUCGAUGAGUGCAGUAUCGUUCCAGGAAUCUGCGAAGGUGGCGAAUGUUCUAACACAGUGGGAAGUUAUUUCUGCAUUUGUCCACGUGGCUAUGUCACAUCUACAGAUGGAUCCCACUGUAUUGAUCAAAGGGCAGGCACAUGUUUCUCCAGCUUGGUGAAUGGUCGCUGUGCACAAGAACUUCCGAAUAGGUUUACCAAAAUGCAGUGCUGUUGUGAAUCUGGUCGAUGCUGGGCCAUUGGAUCUGUUCCUGAGAUGUGUCCUGUGAGAGGCUCUGAUGAAUACCGCAGACUUUGCAUAGAUGGAGUUCCUGUAGGAGGUGGUUCCAGACCUGGUGGACCAGGAGGCAAUGGAUUCCUUCCUGGUGGAAAUGGGAAUAGCUAUGGCCCAGGAGGAACUGGAUUUAUUCCCAUUCCAGGUGGCAAUGGCUUCUCCCCUGGUGUAGGAGGAGCAGGUGUUGGGACUGGUGGCCAGACUCACACUGGAAAUGGUGCAAUCAUUACUGGGCUGACAAUCCUCAAUCAGACAAUAGAUAUAUGUAAACACCACCCCAAUCUCUGCUUAAAUGGACGCUGCAUACCAACAAUUUCCAGUUAUCGAUGUGAGUGCAACAUGGGAUAUAAGCAAGAUGCAAAUGGGGAUUGUAUAGAUGUUGAUGAGUGCACAUCAAACCCAUGCACUAAUGGAGAUUGUGUUAAUACACCUGGAUCCUAUUACUGCAAAUGCAAUGCAGGUUUCCAGAGAACACCUACCAAGCAAGCUUGCAUUGAUAUUGAUGAAUGCAUACAGAAUGGCGUUCUUUGUAAAAAUGGCCGGUGUGUGAACACUGAUGGAAGUUUCCAGUGUAUUUGCAAUGCUGGGUUUGAACUAACAACGGAUGGAAAAAACUGUGUUGAUCAUGAUGAGUGCACCACCACCAACAUGUGUUUAAAUGGGAUGUGCAUAAAUGAGGAUGGUAGCUUCAAAUGUAUCUGUAAACCAGGGUUUGUCCUGGCUCCAAAUGGGCGUUACUGUACUGAUAUUGAUGAAUGUCAGACACCAGGAAUUUGCAUGAAUGGUCAUUGCAUCAACACUGAAGGUUCUUUUCGGUGUGAAUGUCCACCAGGCCUGGCUGUUGGGGUUGAUGGCCGUGUUUGUGUAGAUACUCAUAUGCGCAGCACAUGCUAUGGAGGAAUCAAAAAAGGAGUGUGUGUCCGCCCUUUCCCUGGGGCAGUGACAAAAUCUGAAUGUUGCUGUGCCAAUCCAGACUAUGGCUUUGGAGAGCCAUGUCACCCAUGUCCUGCCAAGAACUCAGCUGAUUUCCAUGGCCUGUGUAGCAGUGGAGUAGGCAUUACUGUGGAUGGACGAGAUAUUAAUGAGUGUGCAUUGGAUCCUGAUAUUUGCGCCAAUGGAAUUUGUGAAAAUCUACGUGGUAGCUAUCGUUGUAAUUGUAACAGUGGCUAUGAACCUGAUCCCUCUGGAAGGAACUGUGUUGACAUUGAUGAAUGUUCAGUGAACAGACUGCUGUGUGACAAUGGCCUGUGUCGAAACACACCUGGAAGCUACAGCUGUACAUGUCCAAAGGGUUAUGUAUUCAGCACUGAGACUGACACAUGUGAAGAUAUAAAUGAAUGUGAAAUCAACCCAUGUGUCAACGGCGCCUGCAGGAACAAUCUUGGUUCUUUCAAUUGUGAGUGUUCACUUGGCAGUAAACUGGAUUCUACUGGAUUGAUUUGCAUUGAUAGUCUGAAAGGAACGUGCUGGCUGAACAUCCAAGACAGUCGCUGUGAAGUAAACAUUAAUGGUGCUACACUAAAAUCAGAAUGUUGUGCUACUUUAGGAGCUGCUUGGGGCAGCCCUUGUGAGCGAUGUGAAUUAGAUGCAGCUUGCCCAAGAGGAUUUGCCAGAGUUAAGGGAGUUACCUGUGAAGAUGUAAAUGAGUGUGACGUUUUCCCGGGUGUUUGUCCCAAUGGACGUUGUGUUAACAGCAGAGGAUCAUUUCACUGUGAGUGUCCAGAAGGCCUGACAUUGGAUGGAACAGGUCGAGUGUGUUUAGAUAUCCGCAUGGAGCAAUGUUACCUGAAGUGGGAUGAAGAUGAGUGCAUUCAGUCUGUACCUGGCAAGUUUCGUAUGGAUGCCUGCUGCUGUGCUGUUGGUGCUGCUUGGGGCUCAGACUGUGAGGAAUGUCCUAAGCCUGGCACCAAAGAAUACGAGGCCUUGUGCCCUAGGGGACCUGGUUUUUCCAACAGGGGAGAUGUUCUAACUGGCAGGCCAUUUUAUAAAGAUAUUAAUGAAUGUAAAGUGUUCCCUGGUAUGUGCAUGAAUGGCAAAUGCAGGAACACAAUUGGAAGUUUCAAGUGUAGAUGUAACAGCGGGUUUGCUUUAGAUAUGGAGGAAAGAAACUGUACAGACAUUGAUGAGUGUCGUAUCUCCCCGGACCUCUGUGGAAGUGGUACCUGUGUCAACACUCCAGGCAGCUUUGAAUGUGAAUGCUUUGAGGGCUAUGAAAGUGGAUUUAUGAUGAUGAAGAAUUGCAUGGACAUAGAUGAAUGUGAACGUAACCCUCUCCUUUGCAGAGGUGGCACUUGUGUGAACACAGAAGGCAGCUUUCAAUGUGACUGUCCUUUGGGACAUGAGCUAUCACCAUCACGUGAGGAUUGUGUGGAUAUAAAUGAAUGCUCAUUGAGUGAUAAUCUCUGCAGAAAUGGCAAGUGUGUGAACAUGAUUGGAACAUAUCAAUGUUCCUGUAACCCCGGAUACCAGGCCACUCCAGACAGACAAGGCUGCACUGAUAUUGAUGAAUGUAUGAUCAUGAAUGGAGGCUGUGACACACACUGCACCAACUCGGAGGGCAGCUAUGAAUGUAGUUGCAGUGAUGGCUAUGCUCUCAUGCCAGAUGUGAGAACAUGUGCAGAUAUUGAUGAAUGUGAAAACAACCCAGAUAUCUGCGAUGGUGGGCAGUGUACUAAUAUUCCAGGAGAAUAUCGCUGUCUUUGUUAUGAUGGCUUCAUGGCUUCUAUGGACAUGAAAACCUGUAUUGAUGUGAAUGAAUGUGACUUGAAUUCCAACAUCUGUAUGUUUGGAGAGUGUGAGAACACCAAGGGAUCCUUCAUUUGCCACUGUCAACUAGGAUAUUCAGUCAAGAAAGGAACCACUGGAUGCACAGAUGUGGACGAGUGUGAGAUUGGUGCCCACAACUGCGACAUGCAUGCCUCAUGUGUUAAUGUCCCAGGAAGCUUCAAAUGCAGCUGCAGAGAGGGAUGGAUGGGAAAUGGCAUUAAAUGUAUUGAUCUUGAUGAAUGUUCUAAUGGAACCCACAAGUGUAGUGUGAAUGCUCAAUGUGUGAACAAUCCUGGGUCAUACCGUUGUGCCUGUGCUGAGGGAUUCACUGGAGAUGGAUUCACUUGUUCUGAUAUUGAUGAGUGUGCAGAAAAUGUUAAUCUGUGUGAGAAUGGACAGUGCCUGAAUGUCCCUGGUGCAUAUCGAUGUGAGUGUGAAAUGGGAUUCACUCCAGCUUCAGACAGCAAAUCUUGCCAAGAUAUUGAUGAAUGCACCUUCCAGAACAUUUGUGUUUUUGGAACCUGCAAUAACUUACCAGGCAUGUUUCACUGUAUCUGCGAUGACGGCUAUGAACUGGAUAGAACUGGAGGAAACUGUACAGAUAUUGAUGAGUGUGCUGAUCCCAUUAACUGUGUUAAUGGUCUCUGUGUGAAUACGCCUGGGAGGUAUGAGUGUAACUGCCCACCAGAUUUCCAGCUGAACCCAACUGGAGUAGGUUGUGUGGAUAAUCGUGUUGGCAAUUGUUACCUGAAAUAUGGACCCCGAGGGGAUGGGAGCCUAUCCUGCAACACUGAAAUCGGCGUCGGAGUCAGUCGCUCCUCAUGCUGCUGCUCUUUGGGGAAGGCCUGGGGGAUCCCCUGUGAGACUUGUCCCCCUGUAAACAGCACGGAAUAUAAUACUCUGUGUCCAGGGGGUGAGGGAUUCAGACCAAAUCCCAUCACUAUUAUCUUAGAAGAUAUCGAUGAAUGCCAGGAGUUACCAGGGCUCUGUCAAGGUGGAAACUGCAUCAAUACUUUUGGCAGCUUCCAGUGUGAAUGUCCACAAGGCUACUACCUCAGUGAAGAAACACGGAUCUGUGAAGAUAUUGAUGAGUGUGUUGCACAUCCUGGUGUCUGUGGCCCUGGGACCUGCUACAACACUCUGGGGAACUACACCUGCAUCUGUCCCCCUGAAUACAUGCAGGUGAAUGGAGGACACAAUUGCAUGGAUAUGAGAAAGAGCUUUUGCUAUAGAAGCUACAAUGGAACCUCCUGUGAGAAUGAACUGCCCUUCAACGUGACCAAGAGGAUGUGCUGCUGCACGUACAAUGUUGGCAAAGCCUGGAACAAGCCUUGUGAGCCAUGUCCAACCCCAGGAACAGCGGAAUUUAAGACCAUAUGUGGGAACAUUCCUGGCUUCACCUUUGACAUCCAUACUGGCAAAGCUGUUGAUAUUGAUGAAUGUAAGGAGAUCCCAGGAAUCUGUGCAAAUGGUGUUUGCAUUAACCAGAUUGGCAGUUUCCGCUGUGAAUGUCCCACAGGAUUCAGCUACAGUGACCUACUCUUGGUCUGUGAAGAUAUUGAUGAGUGCAGCAAUGGAGACAAUCUCUGCCAGCGAAAUGCAGACUGUAUCAACAGUCCUGGGAGUUACCGCUGUGAAUGUGCUGCAGGUUUCAAACUUUCACCUAAUGGUGCCUGUAUUGAUCGCAAUGAAUGUUUGGAAAUUCCUAAUGUUUGCAGUCAUGGCAUGUGUGUGGACAUGCAAGGAGGUUACCAGUGCAUCUGUCACAAUGGUUUUAAGGCAUCCCAAGAUCAAACCAUGUGCAUGGAUGUUGAUGAAUGUGAACGCCAUCCAUGUGGAAAUGGAACUUGUAAAAACACAGUUGGAUCAUAUAACUGUCUUUGUUACCCAGGAUUUGAGCUCACUCAUAAUAAUGACUGUAUGGAUAUUGAUGAGUGCAGUUCCUUCUUUGGUCAGGUGUGCAGAAAUGGACGAUGUUUUAAUGAAAUUGGUUCUUUCAAAUGUUUAUGUAAUGAAGGAUAUGAACUUACUCCGGAUGGCAAGAAUUGCAUUGAUACUAAUGAGUGUAUGGCACUUCCUGGUGCAUGCUUUCCUGGGACUUGUCAGAAUUUGGAAGGGUCAUUCAGAUGCAUCUGCCCACCAGGAUAUGAAGUGAAAAGUGAAAGCUGUAUUGAUAUUGAUGAGUGCAAUGAAGACCCCAACAUCUGUCUCUUUGGCUCCUGCACAAAUACUCCAGGAGGCUUUCAAUGCACCUGUCCCAUAGGCUUUGUGCUGUCUGACAAUGGACGAAGGUGUUUUGAUACCCGGCAGAGCUUCUGUUUCACUAACUUUGAAAAUGGGAAAUGCUCUGUCCCAAAGGCUUUCAACACCACCAAGGCAAAAUGUUGCUGCAGUAAGAUGCCAGGAGAGGGAUGGGGUGAUCCUUGUGAGCUCUGCCCCAAGGAAGAAGAAGUUGCUUUCCAGGAUUUGUGUCCCUAUGGCCAUGGAACUAUCCCUGGGAUUGAUGAUACACGGGAAGAUGUCAAUGAAUGUCUUGAGAGCCCAGGCAUUUGUUCAAAUGGUCAUUGUAUCAACACUGAUGGAUCAUUCCGCUGUGAGUGCCCCAUGGGAUACAACUUAGAUUACACUGGAGUGCACUGUGUGGAUACUGAUGAAUGUUCGAUUGGCAAUCCAUGUGGAAAUGGCACAUGCACUAAUGUGAUUGGUAGUUUUGAAUGUAACUGUCAUGAAGGAUUUGAGCCAGGCCCAAUGAUGAAUUGUGAAGACAUAAAUGAGUGUGCGCAGAACCCUUUGCUGUGUGCUUUUCGGUGCAUCAACACUUACGGUUUCUAUGAAUGCACCUGUCCAGUUGGCUAUGAACUGAGAGAAGACCAAAAGAUGUGCAAAGACCUGGAUGAAUGUGCUGAAGGUCUUCAUGAUUGUGAAUCAAGAGGCAUGAUGUGCAAAAAUUUGAUUGGCACCUUCAUGUGUAUCUGCCCUCCUGGAAUGACCCGUAGACCUGAUGGAGAAGGCUGCAUGGAUGAAAAUGAAUGCCGUACCAAGCCAGGUAUCUGUGAAAAUGGUCGCUGCGUGAACAUUAUUGGAAGCUACAGGUGUGAAUGUAAUGAAGGAUUCCAGUCAAGCCCAUCAGGCACUGAGUGCCUUGAUAACCGCCAAGGAUUCUGCUUUGCUGAAGUUUUACAGACAAUGUGCCAGAUGGCUUCCAGUAGCCGUAACCUUGUCACCAAGUCAGAGUGCUGCUGUGAUGGAGGGCGAGGCUGGGGUAACCAGUGUGAGCUUUGUCCACUGCCAGGAACCACCCAAUAUAAGAAACUCUGUCCACAUGGACCAGGAUAUACAACAGAUGGAAGAGAUAUUGAUGAAUGUAAGGUCAUGCCAAAUCUGUGUAGAAAUGGCCAGUGCAUCAACACAAUGGGUUCCUUCAGAUGCUUUUGUAAAGUUGGCUACACCACUGAAAUAAGUGGGACAUCCUGUGUGGAUCUUGAUGAAUGCUCCCAGUCUCCAAAACCAUGCAACUUUAUCUGCAAGAACUCAGAAGGAAGCUACCAGUGCUCGUGUCCCCGUGGCUACAUCCUGCAAGAGGAUGGAAAGACAUGUAAAGAUCUUGACGAAUGUCAAACCAAACAACACAACUGCCAGUUCCUCUGUGUCAACACUCUUGGGGGCUUCACAUGUAAAUGUCCACCAGGCUUCACUCAACAUCAUACUGCUUGUAUUGAUAACAAUGAGUGUGGUUCACAGCCAUCACUUUGUGGAUCAAAAGGAAUCUGUCAAAACACUCCUGGAAGUUUCAGCUGUGAGUGUCAGAGAGGCUUCUCUCUGGAUUCUACUGGAUUAAACUGUGAAGAUGUGAAUGAAUGUGAUGGAAACCAUAGGUGCCAACAUGGCUGCCAGAACAUUCUGGGUGGCUACAGAUGUGGGUGCCCACAAGGGUACAUUCAACAUUAUCAGUGGAAUCAGUGUGUUGAUGAAAAUGAAUGUACCAACCCUAAUGCUUGUGGCACUGCUUCCUGCUACAACACACUUGGAAGUUACAAGUGCUCUUGUCCAUCUGGAUUUUCUUAUGACCAGUUCUCUAGUGCGUGCCAUGAUGUGAAUGAAUGUUCCUCCACUAAAAAUCCCUGCAAUUACGGCUGUUCCAACACAGAAGGUGGUUAUCUCUGUGGCUGCCCUCCUGGAUACUACAGAGUUGGACAAGGCCAUUGUGUCUCAGGAAUGGGAUUUAACAAAGGCCAGUACCUCCCUCUGGGUGGAGAUGUAGAUGAAGAAAAUGCUUUGUCCCCUGAAGCAUGUUAUGAAUGCAAAAUCAAUGGCUACGCCAAUAAAAACAGCAGGAAGAAAAGAAGUGUGAAUGAAACUGAGCAAGCAGAGAUUGAGCAGAUUAGCUUGGAAAGUUUAGACAUUGACUCUCCUUUGAAGAUGAGGCUGAACUUCUCUGGACUUGGUAACAAAGAACACAUUCUAGAAUUCAUGCCAGCCAUACAGCCCCUUACGAACCAUGUCCGCUACGUCAUCUCCCACGGCAAUGACUAUGGCAUCUUUCAAAUCCAUCAGAGGGAUGGACUUAGUUAUCUGCACACAGCUAAGAAAAAGUCAGUGCCUGGCACUUACACACUGGAAAUCACUAGCAUUCCUCUCUACAAGAAGAAGGAGCUAAAGAAACUGGAAGACAGUAAUGUGGACAACUACCUCCUAGGAGAGCUUGGAGAAGUGCUCCAAAUGAGACUGUGGAUUGAACUCUAUUAGCCACCUCUUCUAGACUUAAUCCAGUUCUUGAAUCACUUCUGUUCAUCUAUUUAUCCACCUGAGCAUGUCUACUUUUCAAAAGCUUUAAGGAGUCAAUGACUUAAAAGAAGAAAAGAAAAAAAAGACCUAUCUUUCCAUCCUGCCAAGACUGCAGAAUGACCCUGGCAGAAGGAAUGACUGACUCUGCCAUGGUCAAAAGUUUGAUUACAAGGGCAACCAUGGUUACUGUAUCCUUUAUAUAACCUCAAUUUAAAGUAUAUUAAAACUAAAGUUCAAGAGGUCAACACAUGGCACUAAAUGGCACAAAAAUGUGAACAAUUUUUUUCCUGUUAGCAGUCUGUAACACUUUGGGUAUUUUGCUAUAGGUGCUAAUUAAAAAAUAUAGAUGUUUAUUUAUUUUAAUGCAGUAAUAUAUGGAGAAAUUACAAACUAUGUAAACAAAAGGGAAACAUUUGUUUUUCUUUAGAUUUAUAAAUUUGAGCUAUUUUAGAGGUAUUCUUAAAAAAAAUCCAGUAGAUUUGAAAAAUGGUUUCCUUUUGUUUGUGUGCCAGUUGUCCAAAUACUUUUUAAAAAACAUUUGCAUGCUAUUACCAGCUCUGAUACCAUCUUCUAAAAGACAUUGAAAAGUACGCUUCAAAAACGUUGAGUAUUCAAAAAAAGUUUUAAAUGACUAGAAUUACAAUAUUAGGCUCUGUAAAGAUGAUCAUAUUUCACUGCCGGUCACUAGGACUAUAUUCUGUAUCAGCCACCUGAAAUAAUGGAAGCUGAGGCACAACCACUGUAGCAAAAUACCUUGACUGCUUGUGAUACCAUUACCAUUGCAGGCCAACCUGUACUGUAUUUCCUUCCGAUAACCUCAAGGUACCACAUGUGCUACCACAACACCUCAUUCUCACAAAAGGUGCUCUACAUACUUGCAUUACUGUAGGCAGCUGAAGAAAAAAAAGUCUUUCCUUUGAAGGGAACACCUGAUGUUUCACUCCGUUUGGUGCUGGCUUGGAUUAAUGGUGCAUUUACUAGGAUUGAGCUGUUUCAGGACUGCCAUAUGUGCAAACUAAUUACGCAGUGCAGACCAGGAAAAUAUAUUUGAAAUCAUGUUUUUAGAAGUUUCAUUAAUACUGUAGUUAUACACCAUAUGCCUCAUUUUAUCCUAGCCUAUUUUGUAAGAAAGAUGUCUGUACAUGACAUUUAGUUUUCUUUAGCAAUUUUUUUAAAAUGUUGUACCAGUCUGUGUUACAUGUAUGAUGUCGCCAUGGUGCUUUUUUUUUUUUUUUUUUUGGACUGCUGGUGCCUGUAACUCGUCAUAGAACAGAACCUCAUUAUGUGAGCAGCCAAAGCACAUGCAGACUCCAGGUUUAUUUCAGUCAUGUAGCUGUGCUGACCAAAGAUUAGUUACAAGUUACACUCUGAGUUUUUGGGGAAGAGAACCCUUCUACAUUUUAAAUCAACUGUUUGUGAGUUUAUUUUAUUUGUAGGUCUGUAUCACUAUGACAACACUUUUCUUGCAAUAAAGCUUAUUUUGGGGUA